CUGGAGACGUGGCUGUUUACCAACAGCACCAAGCUGGGCGCCCGUGGCUACCGCGGCGGAUGGAGCGACAGAGCUGCGAGGGGUCCUGAGAAGCAAUGGCCACGGAAGCCCCUGUGAACAUAGCGCCACCUGAACACAGUGCUGUUGCCGGGACAGCAGCCGAUAGCUUCAUUUGGCAGCCAGACUCACUAAAAAUGCACCUCGUCAGGCCCAAGUCUGCCAAGGGCCGAACAAGGCCACAUCACCACAAAACACAGGGCACGGAGGAGUGCGCUCACAGUACGCUUUCCUCUCCACCUCCAGCCAAUCCCAGUGAGUCACCAAGCAGCCAGAAGCGAGGAGCCUGUGCACCCGCACUGCCAGCUCGAGGAGCCACCGGUGAGAUCCCUGAUCGGCUGCACCAGGUACCUGCUGGGGCUUCCUCUUCUCUCAAUAAAUACCCAGUCCUUCCUUCCAUCAACAGAAGAAGCCUAGAGAAGGGCGCUGCCGACGCAGUCGCUAAAAAAGCCGGCUCGCCACAACUGAGCAACAUCCAGGCGCGCUGCCCAGACGGGCCCUGCUCCGUGAAGACGAGCAAAGAAGAUUCCAGAGCUCAAGCUCACAUCUGUGCCCUGGAGAGGAACUUCAUCCUCCGCACCAAGAGGCAGGGCACCGCCAGGGCUGGAAACCUGGCAGAACCGUCAGACCAAGAACCGCGGCUGCUGCUCGCUGUCAGGUCACCAUCAGGCCAGAGAUUUGUCCACCACUUCCGGCCGACUGACGACCUGCAAAUGGUUGUUGCUGUGGCUGAGCAGAAGAACAAAGCCACCUACGGACACUGCAGCAUUGAAACAAUGGAGGUGCCCAGGAGACGGUUCUCUGAUCUCACCAAGUCUCUGCAGGAGUGCGGGAUCCCACACAUGUCCGUGCUGGGCAUCUCACAGGAACAGAGAGAGGGGAGGCCCUGAGUCCACAGCACCCUACAGGAGCCCUG